GCCGAAGGACGGCCCGAGCCGAAGCUAGGUACUCAUUUUCACCUGAGUGAAGUGAGGAAAGUCGUGUAAAGUGCCUUUCCCAAGGGCACAAGAUCGGUAACACAGCAGGCGGAUUCGAACCCGCAACCUCUCAGUCACGGGCCGAAGAAACUGCCCCUACGCUACACGGUCCCACGUGAAGUGACUGGAGUGGGCGAGUGCAAAGUACAAGCGGUACACCAUUCAGUAACUACAUUGCAUGGUAUGAACUGAAUACGGUCUUUGUGGUACGGGCAAGGCUUUGCUUUUUAGUGCGUUGCAUCAUUCUUCAAGUAAGUCGUGAAACAAAUCCGGGAAGCAAGGAAUGAUAUGCGCCAUGUUAGGCUCUACGUAAACACGCGGCAAGACCUUCUAUUGAGGACCCGGUGUGUGAAGACGGCCAUGUUAUUACCACGCCUUAAAAGACGCAGGUGGAAGACUCUCAUACUUCAAGUAUUCGCCACUCUUCUGUUACUACUACUCCUGGCUUCGUCGUUGCGAUGGAAAGACAGAGAUGUUGACGAUACUUGUCCUGUAGACCCGCCGAAUCUAACGGGACCCGUGAACGUAAAUCUACAAGAGGCACCUGUACUGGGCGAUGUAUCCAUGGACCAUUUAGACGUAACGUUUGGGGGAUAUUGGCGCCCUCCUAACUGCACCGCCAGACACAAAGUUGCCGUCCUGGUGCCUUAUCGUGAUCGCCGUGAACACCUCCACAUUUUCCUGAACCACAUCCACCCCAUACUGAAAAGACAACUGUUGGAUUACGGAGUCUACGUCAUCGAACAAUAUGGCGACGAACCGAUGUUUUGGAAGGGCCUGCUGUACAACGUCGGUUUUACCGAGGUACUCAAAAAUCGUAGCUACGACUGUUUCGUUUUUCAUGACGUGGAUUUGCUUUUGGAGGAUGACCGCAACAAAUAUUCCUGUUCUUCAUCUCCGAGACAUUUAUCCGUAGCUAUAGACAAAUUCAACUACACGCUGCCGUAUAAACAGUUGUUCGGUGGUGUGACACUUCUAUCGGCGUCUCACUACCAAACCCUGAACGGGUACUCCAACCUGUACUGUGGAUGGGGAGGGGCGGACGACGAUAUGUACUUGCGGCUUUUCCACAAGAAAUUGAAAAUUACUCGUCCAGACAAGACAGUGGCUAGGUAUAAAAUGAUGCGUCACGACCAGACUAAACUUAACCCUUACAGGUUUUCUCUUUUGAAGACGUCACAGGAUAGAUAUGGCCAUGAUGGUUUGAAUAAUCUACAUGAUAUGGACUACCAGGUAGUGUCGGUACAUCAGUAUCACCUUUACACACAUAUCGCCGUGUUCGUUGCUACUAGAAAAAUACAGGCUACAAAUAGAUUGGUUACAAACUCAACCGAUUAGCGAUCGUGCAGCAAAUAGCUUUGUAUGAUUUAUAAAUCAUCAGUCACAGAGAAAUUAUAUAACGGAACGUUUUCUCAUGUGUGUAGUACGUAAAACCGUUAGGAAUUUGUCCACCUUUCUCACGCGGCGGCCAUGACAGAUCGAAGAUGAGGUCAAUGAGGCAAACAGACAAAACUUAUUUCUGAAAUCAGGUCCCAUUUAGUUUUCCCCCAAACCACACAAUUUUUUAUAAUACAAGAUAGAAGAAUAAAUAUUACAAGUAGUGUUAUGCACUGAAAGAUGUAGCGAUUUAGAGUAGCGUAGACUGAUCUCAUAGUCC